AAUUUCAAAUACAAAAAAAUAUUUACUUCAUUUCAAAUGUGUGUGAAAAAACCAACGUCCAUUACAAUCUUAUUCCGAAUAAUCGUUAACAAUGCAAUUAUAACUUGGAAUAAAUCAUGAAUUUAAAUUGUCCGAUAUGUCAGGAGCUGUUUAUACCAGCAUCUGAUGUUUCAGUAAUUCCAUGUGGACAUGUUUUUCACUCCGAAUGUGUAAAUGUUUGGCUUGAAAGCUAUAAAUCGAAAACUUGCCCACAAUGUCGACAAAUUGUAUCAAGAAAAGCAGUAAUCAAAGUUUAUUUUAAUUUUGCUGAGGUCUCGGUUAAUCAUUCCGACCCGGCUACAUUACAAUGUAAAUUAGAUAGUGCUAAUUUUCAAAUAAAACUUCGUGAUAAGGAAAUUUCUAAUAUGCGUGAAAAAUGUAAAAAAACUGAAUCAUCGAAUAAAGAGUUACGAGCGUUGGUAAAAGAAUUAGAACACAAAGCUAAUAAAGAUUUAACGAUAAUAGCAGCUUUAAAACAACAAAUUAGAGAUUUAACUCGUCAAAGUCAAGAGAUUGAAGGUUUAAAAGCUGAAAAUCGUACAUUAACACACGAAUUAAAUUUAUUGGAAGAUAUGAGAAAAGUUGUUACAGGGGCUUCAAGUGAAGUAUCAGAAAUGUUAACAAAUUAUCAAGAUACUCGAGCACUUGCUGUAAUGGUUACAACUCUUAAAAGAGAAUUAUUGCAACAAACUGCGAAAAAGAAUAAAUUCCAAAAACAACUGAUUAGCGCUCAAAAUGAUAUUAGAAAAUUUCAUCAGAAUUUAGACGAUGAAAGUAAUAAAAUUGUAGCUAUUAAUGCCCGAUUAGAGCAAAAUGAAAAAGAAAAACAAUUAUUACAACGAAAAAUAGAAGAAUUAAAAAAAAUUAUAGGUGAAGAAAAAUUAAAAAAUUGUGAUAAAAAUAACAUAACGUCUCCUGAAACUCGUAAACGUAUCAUAAAAUCAACGAUCAAAGAUUUGAAUGUUACGAAACGAGUUUUGGAAAGUCAGACAGAAUCACCAAGUAUUCCAGAAAAGGUGAGAGCCAUUCAAGAUUCAGAUUCUCCGUAUUUGCAAAUAAAACAAUCAUCUGUUGGAUCCGCUAUUAUGGAAAUGAAUGGAUCGGAGAAUUCCAAUAUUAGUUCCAAAUACACAAUAUUUAAAAAACCACGUUUACGUCCCGAUUUAGAAGAUUUUAAACCAUUACCAGAUGAUGCCUUUAACGGUCUAGGAGGUCAUCCAGCAAUUGAAGAAUUUCCAAAACGUCGAAUGACAAUGUUCCGAUCAAAGAGUAGCUCGAAGAUGCGUCGUUUAGUUCGUCCUAGUGUACCAUUGAAGAAAAAUCAAACAAUUGAUAGUUUCUUAGAAACGUAAAAUUUUUAUCUGAAUAAAAAUAACUGUAAU